AUGCGAGGAAUAGUCGACCAGUGUCCUGCCGACAUUAUCUUAGCACCAUCAGGGUGCCCCUUGACUGACCUCGAGUACGCCGACGAUGUUGUUAUAUUCGCGGAAAGCACUACGAAACUUCAACAUGUUGUCAACCUUGUAUCGAAGCUAGCAGCAGCCUAUGGACUACGCCUACGCCCUGAUAAAUGCAAGCAGAUGUGGAUCUCUUCGAGACCACGAACCGGAAUCAGGGUGGACGGACAACCGAUAGAACUCGUCGAUGAGUUCUUUUACCUAGGCUGUACGCUGAAGAACAAUGGCAGCUACGAGAGAGAUGUUCAGCAAAGUUGCGCUAAGGCCACUUCUGCAUUUAACUCCUUAACGAAAUGCCUGUGGUCGACCCCCAUCACCAACGAAGUCAAGCUGCGAGUCUACCUAUCCGCAAUUCGCUCCAUCAUGAUGUACGGAUCGGAGACUUGGGCAGCGCCAUCAACGGUUAUGGAGAGGCUUGACUGCACGGAACGAAAGCUGCUUAGACAGCUACUUGGCUACUUUUGGCCUAGGGUAUGUCACAAUGAAGAUCUUUACGCAGAUAUUGAUGUGGUAUACCGGCGGAUGACACGUGGAAGACAUCAACAUCUUGCACAGCCAUCGAAAUUGGCUAAAGUAAAUCGUCUUCGCUUCUUUGGUCAUAUAUUAAGGAGACCGGCAGAUCGCCUUGUUUAA